CCAACAGGUAGCUCCACCCCUCUGAUCGUUUAAUGUUGGGUGUAGACAGUGAUGUGGAUGUUCCUGUCUUCCGCCUUCCAAAAGACAAACCUUUCCAACGGCUGGAAAAUUACUAUGAAUUCAGACGGCCCUCUUAUACGCUAUCUUCCUCUUCCUUAUCUGCCAUUGAAGGACAGAGCAUGUCAUCUGGAACUUUUCACAAAAUACUUCGACCGCUUCUAUUCAGUAUUUUUAUUCUUGGAUGUUUUGUGGCUGCCUUUCUGGUGUAUCUUAAGCCACCCAGCAGCUGGUUAGAUGGUCCAUCAAAGUCAUCCAAUUCUACAAACCAAGUCCAGCAUGUGUUUACUGCAAAGAGUAAAGACAUGCUCGGUGACGAAAAGACGAUCACGAUUCUUGUCUGGCUGUGGCCCUUUGGGAAAGCCUAUGAAACAAACAUCUGCAGCUCCGCCUUCAACAUCGAGGGCUGCUUCGUCACAGCGAACAGAAACUUCUACAACAAAUCAGACGGGGUUGUGAUCCACCACAGAAACAUUAAUAGGGAUCUAUCCAACUUGCCGAAACUGCAGCGGCCACCGUUCCAGAAAUGGAUCUGGAUGAACUUGGAGUCACCGUCAAAUUCAGGCAAGCUGCCCGGUAUUAAUAACUUGUUCAAUCUGACUCUCAAUUAUCGUCAGGAUUCAGACAUCCAAAUCCCUUAUGGGUCGAUUGAAAUAGCAGAGACUGUGGAGGACUUUGUACCACCCAGAAAAAACAAACUGGUCUGCUGGAUUGUCAGCAACUGGAGUCCAAGGCAUGUGCGGUCAAAGUAUUACAAUGAGUUAAAAAAACACAUUAAGGUUGACGUAUAUGGACGUGCCUUUGGGAAGUACAUAGCUAAAAAAGAUUACAUCCCUAUUGUUUCUAGCUGUAAGUUCUAUUUGUCCUUUGAGAACUCAAUCCACAAAGACUACAUCACUGAAAAAUUCUACAACCCCCUCUCUGUGGGUACAGUGCCAGUGGUUCUUGGCACAACCAGGCAAAACUAUGAGAACUUUAUUCAAGGAGACGCCUUCAUCCACGUAGAUGAUUUCAACUCGCCCAAAGAGCUGGCUGACUACCUGCUUCUCCUGGACAAGAAUGAAGACCUGUACCGAGGGUACUUUAAAUGGCAGCAACACUUUAAAUUAAAAAAAAUCAAUUCCUGGGCAGAGCGCACGUGCCAGGCUUGUGAUUAUCUGAGACAGCACAAGGAAUACAGGGCAUUUAAUAACCUUAACAAGUGGUACUGGGGCUGAUGGUGCUUAGAUGGACUAUACAGCAUUCAUUACCUCUUCAUAAAGGACACAAAAAAAGGUUACUUUUGGAUAAAGUGAAUAUUUAGAUGCAAUAUUUAAUUGGAGCGUUACAAAAAGACAAUCUAAUGUGAGAUAGUGAGGAAGCCACAUCUAUGCAGAGCAUUGAAAAAUGUGACGGUCAUGUAGUUUUGGAUAUGUAUGAGAAAAAAGGGUAGACAAUAAAUAAAAUAGACUUUAUUCCCGUUCCUUUGUGUCCUUCCCUCCUUCAUUCUUGCUUUCCUUCCUUUCUUACCUUGUGCUUUCUCUCAUUGUGCCUUUUCGCUCUGCCUUGCGUCCUCACUCUCUUUCCUUCAUCUUCCCUUCCUUCCCUACGGUCCUGCAGUCCUUUUUUCCUGCUCCCUGUUCUGCCCUUCUUUCAUGUGCUUUUCUUUUCUUUCCUUGCACUUCUAUUUCCGUCGCUUCUACAUUUUAUGCAAGAUGAACAGGCAGGAAUUAUUUUCAGUGAGUUUUACUUCUUUACUGCCUCUGGAGCCAUCAUGUAAGAUACAGGAUUAUGAGUCCAGUAUUUUUUUUUUUACUACAGCAUUGUCCCUAAUAAUAUUAGGGAUAAGGCUGUCAUUACAAAUAUUAUUUGUAAUGAACAUGUGAAUAAAUGCAGUGAAGUGAGGUUUCAUCUGCAUACAAUCAGGCUGUUAGCCAACCUUGUGGUCCAGUUUAUAACAGUAGUAUGAAGGUGGUUGCAAUUCUUCUGCUUGUAAUGCCAAGGGAUGGUGUGUGGUAUUUUUUAGAUUUAAAUGUUUUCGUAUGAGACAACAGAACUGAUAGCAUGGAUUUACAGAGACAGAAUGAAGCACAGGCCUCUGUUUGUCCAACAGAAACUUUUGCUUACAGUUUCACUGUGUCUGGUUCUUUCUCCCGUAUGAAAACAAAAGAUUGUUGUGCAAUGCGUUGGGUAAUAUUGAUCAGGAAAAGGUUUUUAUUCUGUGAAUUUUGUUUGUCUCUAAGUUUGCUCUCUUGAUUGUACAACACACACAGACACCUGAUAAGCUAAAGUCAUUUUGUGACUCUGCUGUGAGGAUGUUGCCGGACAGGAGAACAAAUCAGUUUUUUAUUGCAUAUAGCUACAUUUUAAUAAAAGGUGCUGACUGAGUUGGUUCCUUAAACUCUUUGAUUAAAUCUAUUUGGGUGGUUUCUCCAGGGAAAAAAAUGGCCUAUUUAGUGAGACGCUCAGUUAGUCAGAACAACUUUUUGCCAAGUCACUGUAUUUUGCCAAUUGUAUUCUAACUGUGGAUGUCUGAUAAAAUAAAGACAUGGGUAUAUG